CCAAAGACGUAGGCUUUCGACCUCCUGAGGAGUGGGGCGGAGCAACAAGCUGCAUCAUCCACCAUUCAAAGAAGGCACGCGCUGCGCUCCACUUGCAGCAUCAGAAGGCGGUCCUCCAAAGGCGGCCCAAUUCACGCUCAUCAGGUGUGUACUGAGCUCCUUUACCCAUUGCCAUCCGGCCCACUCCACCUUCGCACCUUCUAGUGAGCUGACCUCCCUUUCUACACAGCUGUGCCCCUGACUGUAACACGGCCAGCACACGCUGCGCAUCUUCUGCUUUUACCUCUUAGGUACAUUAUUCGCGCAACAACUUUCGGUUUUCCAAAUUAAUGGCGCAACCCCCCCACUCCGAGAUCCCUGUCGCGAGCGCCGCCCCGCCCCCGGCUGCAUUCGGUGAGAUCAACAAGCAGGAGAAGCAGGAUACGCAGCACACAACUCCGCUGUUUGGCCAAAAGUACACCCCCGAGGGGGUGCCAAUUGACCAGGAGAAGCAGAAUAAGCAAUACACAACUCCGCCAACGUUUGGCCAAAAGUACACCCCCGAGGGGGUGCCGAUUGCCCAGGAGAAGCAGCAUACGCAAUACACAACUCCGCCGACGUUUGGCAAACAGUACACCCCCGAGGGGGUGCCGAUUGCACAAGGGCAGCCGGCAUAUUAUGCACGUCAGGGGAUCCCUGGUGUUCGCGCUUUCCAUGUGGUGAAGCAACCGCACCGGCAGUCUCGCAACCAGGACUGCUGCGCAACCCCUGACUGGAUCCUCUUCGGCCUUGGCUGGAUUUUUGGGAUCUUCUGGCCUAUCGGGGCGCUGCUUCCGCUGUGCCGCACACCCAAGUUUGCAAACCCGACCGUCAAGGGGGGGUGGUUUGCCAAUUGCGUUGGGACGGUUAUCUUCAUCGUUGUGGUUAUAGUCAUCGUGACCGCACGACGCAAGUCGGAUGAUUCCUAUCACAGGAACUGAUCACGGUUAGGGGAACCCGCUGUUAUUCUAGUCCGGUUAGUACUGCAUGAGUGCUGGACGAUGGUCAGUGACGUAGUCCGCGGAUGCUUUACCGUCCUGAAGUUCUUAUGAGGAGACGCAAAACUUUUCUGUCUAUUCGAGAUAGUAUUGGUUAGACUAGAGUUGAGAGAGUGUCCGACUGGGGGCCAGUCAGUGCUUGAAGCUGCGGGUGCUGCCUUUCGAUAAGUGUUUGACUUCAGCGGCGAUUCUCCGUUGGCGCUUCUGUUAGUUGCUCGAUCAGACCCGCAACUUGUAACGGGUUCGAUCAUUUAGAAACGAAUCAGAUCAUAUAUAGCCAGGUGAUUCACGUAGUGACAACUGGACGUAAGUUUCAGCCGAGAUUCGUCUCCUUAUUUGGGCCUUUACGGGAACAUGUGAGGACUAGUCGCUUGUAUAGGCAUUGGAGAAUUAGAUUGAGAAAAUGCAAGACGCUCUUUGAGCAUGCCAGUAGAUUGUUAAGGAUAGCAGACUAUCGAACCCAUGUUUAUUGUUGAGGCUUGUACACAGUCAAUCGAGACCCGGUUGUAAGUACGC